UGGUUACGUUAUUAUAGUAGGUUAACCUUAGUCAAGUGAACAAUUUAAAGUACCAAGGCUAAGCGUUCUUUGUUGGACAAGUCGUGUCGGUCAGGACCCAGCCAUUCUUUUUUUUGCAUCCAUCUCAAGCUCACGGGUUCGCGAAUUCCGACCAAAGGUUCGACCUCUCAUGAGAUGCCUCUGCGCACACGGGGAUGGCGCGAAAGAGGGAUUGUGUAAAGCAGGCGGAGGAGAGAGCCUACCAGGGCCAGAAUGAGAGCCAGGAUUCGCAAGCGAUAAUGGAGCAGUAUCACCGCGAACAUGGGAUUGGCCAGCUAAGCUCUUCGCCUGCAUCAGAUGAGAGACUACAUCUUGAGCUCACUACCGGUCGCCUGUAUAUCGUCCGGAAAGCAGAUGCGGGAUGGGUUGCAGCAGCCACAGCAGCUCCAGCUCCAGCUCCAGCUCCAGGUGCAGCAGAGUCCGAAAAGUUGCCUGCUACAAGUUCUAGUUUUACCACUAGCGACGCGCUGAACUCGGCGACGAAGAGCAAGACGAAGACGCGUAUUUCUGCCACGGCUAAAGCUAAAGCUGAAGCUCAACUUCAAUCCCAAGCGCCGCCGGCCGCCAGCACAGCACUGCAGCAAUUAUCCGACCGCAAGGUCAAUUCAUCUGCGACCACGUCUUCACCGGCCCCGGGAACGGAUGCGAAGCAGAACGACAGACAGGAGCUGAUCUCUCCCUACGAGAACGAUGCAUUGCCGCAUGUCUCCCAGCGCACUGCCCCGCCCGACAAAAGGAGCAGCUACAGCAAGAAUAAGAACAGGAAGAACAGGGAGAAGAUGGACGACUUAACCUCAGACUCGCCCACUCAAUCCAACGACGGCAGAAGCUACGAGCAAUAUAGGGAAGAUUACCCUGCUGCUAUCGCGUCCUCGCAACCAAAGCAUCCACUUGUCUCUUCCCGUGGCGACUCGCAGGUUUCCCACCCCAGCAGUUCCCACGAGCCUCGUACCCUGCACGAAGACGACACGGGCGCCGUGAAGUUCGACUGGCAGCCCCUAGAGCACGACGCAGACGCAGACGCAGACCAUGUCCUGUCUACUUCCCAACCUGCCCCCAGGUCACAGUCUGGCAUCGAUGCCGCCACCACUCUCGGUCGACACAGCAUGCCGCCCUCGACGAUGCCCCCGCCAGAAACACCCGUCGUACCCGCGCGGCCUUUCUCCAACGAUGCCUCGACCGGUAACUUGAUGGGCGCGUCGCAGCUUUUCAUGCUCACCUCUGGCGUCAAGAAGCUGGCAUCGCCCACGUCGUCACGCCCCUCUCCGCAUGUCUUCGAGCACAAUACUAUAUCUCCCAACAACCUUUCCUCACCCUUGAGAGAUCGCGGCUUGCGCACAUCGCCUCUGCCAGGCUUGAACACCAGCCCUGCGCCUGCACUUGUACCUGACACCUCGUCCAAGCCGCACGAAAGCGAGUGUGACGACAAGGAGGCCGAGAACAUACCGCAACCAAGACGAAGAAAUCGACCCGACCCCAUCGGCAAUUAUGCUCCCAUCCACAAAUCUCCACCCACCCACCAUGUCCCAGAUCCAGAUCCAGACGCCGACCAGACCGACUCGGAGAGUGAUGAAUCACAAGAGCGUCGACGCCUAGCCAGGCUGAGGCAGGAAAGGGCCAACAGGUCUCUGACAAACAUAAGCUUGCCGCGCAAAAACAGCAGGAGCGAUAAGAUCGAAGUCCCCUCUACGAACCGCAGAAGGCAAAAGCCUGCUACCCAGUCUACCGCGUCGGCUCUGUCCACCCCGGAUUCCUACGUCGAGCAACGCUACGGGAAGCCGGACGCGGCUGAUCAAGAGUCGCAAGAAACGGUAGCUGAUUCUCAGGAGGUGGCUUCCAAGCCCGACCUGACCACUGCUAUACCACCACUCGUGCCCAACUCAGCAGAGGUUGUGAAUGGUGACGAUACCACACAGCCAGACCUGCCUUCGGCCCCUGUUCGAAGCAACGAAACCGCUGGCAGUAAGGAGACCAUCCCCGAGACCAGCCCGCCUAGAAACCCUCAGAAAGGACUGCCACAGCGGCUGGCUAAACCGUCUCCUAUCGUCGAGCAACGAUCACUGCGCUCUUCCCAGAGAACGACCCAGUCAGUACGGCCCAGCUCUGACGAGACCAAGGCCAUACCGUCCUCUCCUCCAGUCCCUGGCAUAAUAGCCGCCUCGGCAUCACCGUCAGCGCAGUCAUUUCGACGGUCGACGAGGCUCAAAGUUGCCGUUACCCCAGCUCCGUCGUCUGCGGCCACCCAUGUCAAUAACCAUCAGCCACCCACCACCUCAUCGACGUUAACAGAGCUGACCGCGACCCCUCGGGUUUCAUCGAGCACUACACCUGAUACGGAGGCAGCUGACCCUGAACCAGAGCCGAACCCCACGUCUACUCCAGCAGUCACAUCAGGCGUAGUGUCGUCCCCAGCGGCUGCCAAGCAACUGCGACAGAAGCCCACCAAACUCAAGACCUAUGCCUCGCCGAAAAGCCGAGCAAGUGUCCGUUCGAGUAAGGCUAGCCGCCGAGCGUCCAUGUCUACCGAUGAUCUCGCUCUGUCGACGCCGACUUCGGUGUCAAAGUCGCGGUCAUCUCGCUCGUUCGCACGGAAAUCGACUCAUGAUACCCGUCAGCUACCUUCGAGUGCCGGCAUCUUUCACGACAUGACGUUCGCGACCUCAUUUCAGUCCGAGCAAGAGAAGAGGACAGUCGAGAAGAUGAUCAUUGCAGCUGGGGGUACGAUAGUUCCUCGUGGUUUUGAUGAGCUUGUCCAAGUUGGGCCCCUCGAAUCCAACCAGAGGCCUGGCCUGAAAAACGGACACGGUGCCGGGUUCGCUGCGCUCAUUACCGACACGCAUUCAAGGAAGCCGAAGUACAUGCAGGCCCUCGCUUUAGGGUUACCAUGCCUAUCGUGGAAGUGGGUGGCGAGCUGCGUCAAGGCCAACGAAAUUCUCAGUUGGUCUACUUACCUGCUUUGUGCUGGGCAAAGCCAAGUUCUGGGCGCAAUUCGGUCUAGGUCGCUCGAUUCAUACGGCGCAGUCGACGCCAACCUCGAAGACAUUAUCGAGAAACGACCAAGGCUACUCAAUGACGCCAAGGUUCUCUUGGUCAUGAAGAAGUCCAAAAGGGAAGAGGAGAAGCGGAUGCAGUACGUCUUCCUCGCCCAGGUGUUGGGAGCCUCGUUGGUCCGUGUGAGCACUCUGGAAGAGGCGAGAUCAGAACUCAGGAAGAGGGAAGACAUGGGCGAUGCCUUUGACUGGGUCUACGUUGAUGGGCAGCAGGUGGACACGGACAGGAUACUCUUUGGUCGAGCCCAGGGUCAAGCACCUGCAACCUCGAAGAAGAGGAAGAGGCAGAGCAUGACCGAGAGUCUUGAUGGUCCACCACCAAAAAAGGUCCGAACUCUGACCGACGAGCUCGUCGUCCAGAGCCUCAUUCUAGGAAGAUUGGUCGAAGACGGCGAGAUGGAGGACUCGCUGGUAUGAAAAGAAAACAGCCAUCUUUCAUCUCGUGUCGGUGUUUUACGAGGGACGACCACCCCGAGCGCUAUGAAGAACGGACAUGGUUGAUGUCACUAUUGCAUAUUUUAGCCAGGAGUUGGGAGUCAUAACAUGUGUGCAAAUAAGCAAACUUUGGGGGCAUCGUCUGACUGGAUUGUACAGUAUCACUCGGCGCCAGUAGAUGAGCCCUGAGCUAUAAGCUCGUUGUAAAAUUAAGCAAUAAUAAUGUUUCAUGCCUACUUUACAGGUCGUAUGGGAGCAGACGUUCACAAAUUUUGCUUCUUCACAGUGUUUUCUGUUCAAAGUUUCUCAAUGGCUUGCUGGCUCAGGAAUAAGGUAGGUGGGUACGACAAAUAGGAAGUCGACCGUACUCAUGAACCAAGACAGGAAUCAGAAUGCUGCAUGUGAUGCUGGAAGUGG